CAUCUGAUAGAAGGAGAUCAAGUGAUCAGGCUGUCACAUGCAACAUGGCUUCCUGGUGGAGAUUGCAGUUGGUGUUGGUGCUGGUCACGUUGCUGGCGGCCGUCCCGGGAGCCGAGGCUCUGGACGGAGGGGACGCGGUGGCGCUGCUGCUGGGACUGGCGCUCAGCACGGUGGGGCUGUGCGCCUGCCUGGGCUGGUACGCCCGCAGGAGGAACGGGCAGCUGUGAGCCGAGCCGAGCCAAAGAGAUGCAAGUGUCGCCGCGGCCGGGUCCCCAGAGCAACCGGUUCAUCGAAACCCCGAGAGAGAUGGGAGGGGGUCGCCGGCGUGCCGAGCUUCCUCGCCGGGACGCUGCGGGGGACUCGCCCCAUUCAUUUUCCCGGCUGCUGCACUCCUGAACCGGCCACAUGGGCGUCUCUGCAAGGCGACAACUUUUGGAUCUCUCUGACCCUCCACCCUCCCUAAAGUCCCGAGACCGUGCUAUUGACCAGGUGUGCUGGCUCGCAGUCCUUCAAAGUGACGUUUAAAAGUUUCUCAAAGGCCGAAUUGGAGCAGAAACUAAAUUACAACGCGGAAGUGCUCGUCCUGGCUUCAGUUUUUCCGCUACCCGCAGGAACACGCACUGCUUCUGACGAGAAGCUGGGACUUUUACACCUAAGGAUCUUUGCGCAAAACGUUCAGUAAUCUAUCUCGCCAGGGUAAAAGUUGGACAUGUGUUCGAGUGGAACUGUUACGUUUCGGUUAUUGAAACCCCCCCACCUUAGUUUGAAUAUUGCCACCUGGUGUCGCAAAAACCCAGUGUUUGCGAUAACGUUUCACUUCUGUUCAUUUGCAGUCUUUUUGUUCCACGCUUCCUUGUAGGCUUAGUUUUUGCAUUGCUGUCAGUUGUACAAAGAAACGGUGAGAUCAGUCUUCAACCAGUGGAUUUCUUUAGUGACUAGAGUAGUUAAUACUAUGCGAUUUGUAUGAAUCUGCCUUUUUUGUGAAGGUAGCACAACGUAUCAACUUUUGGUGUGUUUCUUUGAAGAAUUGGUUUUAAAACGUGUUCAUUAAUCACUUAAUUGUUUGGCGGGCAUCAACUUGUUACUACAGCUGCCCGUUCUAUAAAUUCGGAUGAUAUAAAUUUGUUUAUAUAGCUCUUGUAUUUUUAUAAUUGUGAUAGUGAACAUUUUAAACAGCAAGAGAGGAAUCCAGAUCAGAAUUCCUGUAGAUUUAAAACAAGCUUCUGGACCAUGGGAUAAGUCGGCAUUUUAGGUUGUGACCCUGCAUUAGGACCUGAAAAAUUGAGUAUCCCAUUGCCUCCACAGAUGCUGACUGACCUGCUGAGUUCCUGCAGCAGUAUUUUUUUGUUCCGGAUUCCAGCACCUACAAUCUGUUGUUUCCCCUGUGAUUUUGAUGCAGCUACCUCUUAAGUCAGGUGUUCCCAACUUUUUAAUGCCAUGGAAACCUAUUAUUAACCUGGGUCCAUGUCACCAGGUUGAGAACCCAUGUCUUAAAUUGUGUGGCUUAAAACCAGCCCCAGGCUUAAGUUUGUACAGGCUACAGCACAGGUUAACUGACAUUUUGCCACUUGCCAACAGCAGAGUACACUGUUGCAAAGCCAACUUAAAAUGUGUACCACAUCCAAUAAUCACUGUUAUGUAUUGAAACAUGACAGGCUGAGUUGAACCCAAGAUAAUAUGCAACAAGGUUUUGAAACUUUCAACUGAUAUCAAACUAUUUCAAUCAUCUGUGUUUGCCAAGCUAUAUUUUUCAGAAAAGACCAUGCCCUGUGAACCAGCUUCAAAUGGAGUUUGCUGUGAUUGUUAAUUAGGGUGAGGCAGGCUACAACACUACCUGGAGCUUGGUUAUAAGAAGAAUAGUUAUACAUACUACAUUGGGCCUUCAUAUGAUAAUUUAUUUCCCUAAUUAGCAUUUGCAUAGUGUUUGUUUCAAGCUUUGCUUUCAGAAUCUAUUAAAUGUGAUAAUUACUCAAUUAGAAAUUGAAGAUUACCUAUUUGCAAAGAUACAGAUGAUUGAAAACUUUGGCAAUGUGAAGUUUUCUUAUUGACCCCACUUUCCAUUGAAUCUACUUGCAGCUUGUAAACUUCCUGUUCUUUAAGUCUCAAACACCUAUACUAGUAGUUUUCAUAUCCUGAAUUAUUUUCAUGAUCUAGUCCAUUAAUUUUAUGCGUAAUAUGCACACAAGAUUGUUGUGGAAUAUGUGCGAGUCAAGUAAUUGUAUUAGUGUUACCAAUGCUAAUUUUAUGAACUUAUCAAUGCAUAUCUAUAUUAAAGUCUUGUAUACUUAGUCAUAUAGAGAACAGCAUUGAUAAAGUCAUAUUUUGCAUUUGUCAACCAUUCGUCCUUCAAUAAGUACUCCAUUUGAUAACAGCCGCAAGGAAUAUUUUGGUUCAUUUACUGUGAUACAUUAUCCUUGUAUCAAUGGAAUAGAAAUGUCUAAGACAAGUACUGUAAUAAAAUGUAAUUGGAUGUACAUUCAAUAUAUUAAUAGCUUGUGGUGUGCAUUGGCCUCUUGCACCUUCUUAUCUGCCUUUAUUCUCUUCUCAAAUUCAGGAUAAUUAAUCUCUUGAAGUCUUGUGAUGUUACUUGUUAGAAAUAAAAUGCAUUAACUUAAGACCACAAACAAUAAAAUAGAAGCAGAUGUAGGCUAUUUGGCUACUGCCUGCUCAUCACUCAAUAAAAUAAUGGCUCAACUUUUGCAAGGUUAUUGUAGUAAAUUAGAAACUUCUGUAGAUGGCCAUUGUGCUGGUCAUAUCUUCACAGCCUGACAAUCUUUCUGUUGGAAAAAUUCUGGCAUUGUGUUUUGAAGCUAAUUUUCAUGUAAAUUUCAAAUCAGUUCAAGAAUAUGCAGUAGUUGCUAUUUGAAGUAUAUACCUUGAAUCAAUUUAGGGAUAGGGUAAGUUGAGGUAUAGACUGACCAUUGUUGAGUUAAAUGAUUUAAUGGUUGAAGGCCACUAUCUCCAUGAUUUUUAUUCCAUUCCUGUCAGUAUUGUGCCACUUGAUUCUAUAAAUAACUAUUAGUUCAGAAUUAUCAGCUCACCUGUUGUUGAGAAUUUUGUAGUCCCUGGUGUCUGCCAGAAGGUAUGUGACAUUUUGCACUUUCAAUCUAUCUGAAAACAGAUUGAGCAAAUAUUUAGUUAACUGGGACUAGAUACAGAUCAUUAAGUUGCUCUGUUUCGCAAAUAAACAUUUAGACAUUGAAUAUGUUUACUGCACAGUUGUGAUAAUGGUACACUGCUCUCUCAUCUUAUUGCUAGGCUUAAACAAAAUGAGUUAGAAAUAAUUCUUCUCUGUACUCCCAAUUGUCUUAAUGCUCUUUGAUUGACAGUCCAUCUUUCUUUCUGUAAGAGAAAGACAGAAAAGCACAGUCAAGCAAGAGGGUCAAAAAGUAAAUGCUGGAAAGCAAUGCGGGGAGCAAUCAAAUGUCAAGAACCUACAGAACCAGUACACCUCGCUGAUGAAGGGAAUAGCUGUUACCUGUAAAUAUAAACCUCAUUGCAUCAUCAACGUACCUCUAACCUUCAGGAAGAUGAUAGUUUCAAAU